AGCGCGCGAACACCCAGGCAGUAGUUGUAGUAAACGCCUUUGCCAAACACGUGAGAUUCGAAAUUGGUUGUUGUCAAACAGACGUGUCAAAAACACUUAAAAUAAAAAAGCCAAAACAGUAACCGCAUAUUCAUGAGUGUGUGUCUUCAGUAAUGGGCUCUAUACCUUUGUUUUGUAUUAGUUUUUUCUUUUUGACUUUUUCACUUUUCGUUCUGUCCUUGGGACAUGAGAAGCCUGAAAUUUUUUCUGAGUAUGCGGAGACCAAUCUUGAAACUGGAGACAACUUCACUGUGCUAUGUCAGGGACAAACCCCUUUAAAAUGGAAGUGGCCACUGGCUGAGAACGAAGAGUAUCAAAACUGGACUAGAAUAAGCGAAAUCGAAGUCUUACCAAAGAAUGCUAACUACAAGUACGCUCGAAAACUUGUCAUUCAGAAUAUUACCUACCCAUAUACUGGGUUUUAUCAAUGUUUAGAUAAAAAUGCUGACUCUUUUGACGAGAAUCAUGGAAGCAGUAUCUACUUAUUUGUUAAGGAUAAAGAACACUUGUCUGUUAGCGAUGCACAAGUGGAGACUAUUACAGUUACUCAGUAUAGCGAAGCUAUAAUUCCUUGUAGACCAACUGCAUCAGAUGUGGAAGUAAGCCUUACUUCCAUCGGCGGACAAAUCACUUUAGGCGAAAUCGACGAAGAUGGAAUUAUGUACCGCUACGAUCCCCACUAUGGUAUCAUAACCAACAACACCAAAGACAUCGGAGGAAUCAUCUUCCUUUGUUACUUCUCUCAAGAUUCAAAAAAAUUUAGUCGAACAAUGAUUUUGGAUGUGGAAAAAAUCAAUCACUUUUUGCCCAAACCAUCGAUGAAAGAGAUUACUGGUGGUCAUACGAUAGUGGGCGAUAAAUUGAUUCUGGAAUGUAGGAUUAGGUCGGAGACUUAUGUCAAUAUCGUCUGGACGACGCCUACUGGACCACCUGAUUCCACCCGUAUGCGGUUGUCAUCUCAAAAGAAGAUUCCUGAACAAACAAUUCUCACUCAAAACUUUAUCAUCAACGAAACUACUUUGCGAGAUAAAGGUAUGUACUACUGCAACGUUAGUGACAACCAAAACCAUGCCAGUUUGGGAAGUUUGAAUGUUAGGGUUUAUGCUCCCACAGAACAUUUUAUCAAUUUAACGGAAGAUAACAAUGUCUACACUAUUUCGGCAAAGGCAGGUGAUGAUGCCGUGGUAUGGCGUAUCAACGUCGACGGCCAUCCAGUGCCUAGAUUUUGGUGGUUAAAUAACAGGAACGAAAUUAUCAUGGCGCUAAAGUCAGACAAAUACGAUGUAACCUCUUCUGCUACAGAUACUGUUAUAAAAAUUAAAGAUAUAUCUAUAACAGAUCAUGGUAACUACACUCUAGUAGCGGAAAAUGGUUUUGAAAUUGCUACUAUGUCUCUGUUUCUCAACGUGACGGAUAAACCUCAAGUGCAUUUAGAAGGUAAUACCCAUCACAUGGUGGAUGAAAAAGAUACGAUUAAGUGUACCUGCUAUUGCAAGCAUGCCAGUGUAGGAAGCUUGAAUUGCACACUUUAUACUCCGACGGAAAGCAACAAUUCACCGAUUUCGACAACGGCUGGUGAUCCUAAGAUAGAUCCCUAGGCAGAUUUCGUUGAAAUUUCUUUUAUAUUCACGUGUUUACAAAUGUUUACUUCAAUUCAGAUGCCCCUUUACAAAGCUGAGUAUCCUGCAAUAACUAUUAGCCAACUCUUCUGAAUGACCAUCUCUAUUUGACAUACUCUAUCCAAGAAUAUCUAGGAGCAUAAUUUGAUAGAUUUCCUAUGUUAUUUAUAUUUUACAAGUAGGUUAUAAAAUAUAAAAUGCGAAAAUAGUAUUUGUCUACAAUACAAAACUUUAAUUUUGUACAAAACAGUUAGUUCAGAUGGUUUAAUUAUUAUUGAAAAGAUAUGAAGAAUAUUUGUCAUUUAAACAUAUUUUCUACAGAUUUUACGUUACAUGUUAUAGUUUCAAAUAUAGUGUAUAAUAUAC